CGUUUACUGAACCCGCAGCAUUUAUUUGAGAAGUCCUUUGUCUACCAAUCGAAGUGCAGAUUUUCGAAAGACAUCAAAAAGAUGAUGCAAGGCCUACUGAAGCCGUACAAGAACGUGGCUGCUAUCCUGAGCAGAAACGUCCCUGCCCCAGAGUCAAUGAUUGGGUACGUAGCAAUAAAAGAAAUCCAGAAGCUUUCGGAGUCACGCAUGACAAGUUCCUCGCUGCAUUGUAGUGCAGUUGAGCAAGCGCGGCCGCAUGACCACAGUGCCGUCCUCUCCUUGUCCUGUUUAGAGCAGCGCUAGUACAACUACACAUGCCAUCAAAAGUUACGGCUGGAAAUGUCUACUUUGUCAUCAUGGGCGGGACGCGCAUUGCAAAUGUUAAUGUUCCUGCAGUGCCAAAUCUGCAUGACAACCCAACCCUGCUGGGGUGAGAACGUUUUUGUCCAGGAUAGCCGUGGAGAAGCAGCAGCGCGACGCGGCCAACAAGUCCAACGCCUCGGAACUAUCAAAUGUAAAAAUGUCCGGGUCUGGAAGACUGCCAGGUUUGUGUUGCAUAUUCUGCAUCAGCCACCAAGCAUCACAGAUUCUUAGAGGGCUUUGUGAUGCCGAUUCCGCAUGAGAGAUACCCUCCACACGUGGCACAAACUGGCCUCGUCUUGCUGGUCAUGCAUCACAGAUUUCUUUAGAAUCCACAGACAGCAUCACAAGUUGGAUCCUUCCAGACCCAGACAUUUUUACAAUCCAUAGGAACCUCUCUCGGUCCAAUCUGGCAUCAGCUCGGAUGGCACGCACUCCUCCGCCGGGGCGGCGCACCAGGGUAUGACGAACGAAGAUUUAAGUAAUUCUGCCCGCUUCCUCCGUAUUUGUACUAAAUGUAUGUUAUCCCACAGAAAAAAGCUGGCAGGUCACAUUUGUAAUGCAAAAAUAAAUACACAAAGCAAUCUGUAUUGCGUAUCCGAAGCAGCAUGCUAUGAGGCCGCCCAUGGCAGAUUUUUCUGUGUAUUUAUUUUUGCAUUACAAAUAUGCCCUGCCGGCUUUUUUCUGUGGGAUAUAUGUUGAAACUCAAAUUAUAUUAACCUCGUUUCCUCAGCCUGCGAGCUGUCUGUUCCAUGAUCGGCAUGGUGACAGAGUAUCGAGAAAAACCGUACAUCAACCGCAGUACGCAUGGAUUGCGAGAACUGUGCCCUGUUUGGAAUCAUGGCAUCCUAUGGCGUCACUGAUUCAACAUGCAGCUAGUGUUAGAAGAUAAGGCGAUGGGAAUAUGGUGAAAAUUAUACUUCUUGUUUACUCAUUCUGCAUCUUCACUUGCGACGAGCUCUUUUACCACUACCAAAUAAGGAGGUUGUUGGACGGGUGGAAUCAAGGGGUUUUUUGUGCACGCUGAUACAUGACAGCAGCAGUACCCAAGCGACGUCGAGCGGGGAGUUGAGUCCGCCUAUCAAGAAGAGAAAUCCCCCCUCGUCCCAAUAUCGAAAAGGCACGCCUCAGAAAAUUUGCAGUGUUGAUUUGGGGCCACAAGUGGCCUCUUUCUUGCAAGAAGGCAACUGCUCUACCGGCUCCGCGGUUUAGGAUGCUCCUAGACCGCAUUACACAGGCGGUUUGGGAUGCCUACGUUAGACCUAGUACAGGGAAGGCGUCUGCCAUGCUAUGCGCCUACCCCAAAACAUCCGCGCUAAGGCGGUCCAGUACUGCAAGUCACAGUACUGCAAGACACAGCUCCGGAUUUGUGUACAAUAAACCUGCAUCACAGAUUUCCGCUUUGAUAGGGGGAGGGAGGAUUGAUUUUUCUUCUUGAUACCGCCCACGUUGCUGCACAUCCGGAAGCCGUUCUGCCAACCGGUAUUACAGUGAAAAAUGCCCCCACGACCCCGGAAUUUGCAAAAGGUUCUCAUGCAUAAGGUUUUCAAAUGAAGAACUUUUUAUUUAUGCAUAAAAGGACUAUGACUAUGAGCCUCUCUGAUGCAGCAGAAUCUAGGCACGGAAGGUAGUUGCUGCAUCAGAGAUCCGCCUGCUCUUGGGCUCCUUUGCAAAACAAAUUUCAGCUAUUCAGCAUGGCAAAUUUGUCAUGCUGAUAUAUGCAAGACGGGGAGUGUUUCCAUCGGAAGGGUUUGCAAUACAAAUGCUGCCAGGUAGUGCUGGGGUGUGGGCAUUUUUCAUUGUAAUAACAGGAGCCGCGGAUCAAGGACAGAAAAGAGCGGGAGAAGGCGGAACGUAUCAACUACUAUAGUGCUGAUUUAUUUGACUUCUCUGUUGGACUUGGAGUUGGUCUAGUAUCGCUUGUGCUCCUUCGAACAAACCCAAAAAUCCUCUUCCUGACUGUACUCGCCGGCUUGCCAAAUGUUGCGCGCGGACGAACAUCAAUUCCCCAGGUGCUAUGCCCGUCCCGGUUUCCUCCAGUCCUUCGCUGGCACACAGGACGUUUCUCGGCACCGCCUACCUGGGCUUCAACAAGAACCACACCGGCGCGCUAUCGUAUUUAAAAACGUCCCUAACCCAUAUUUGUAUAUGCAAAUUUGCAUGCUGAAAAUGUUUCUCAUGCGCAGCCCAAUUAGAAGCAUUUUCUACCUGCGUUUUGGAAUUUGUUAUGCGCCAACCAGCAUGACCAUGACAUACUAGAUCUGUGAUGCUUCUGAGCUACCUCAAACAGCAACACACUACGAGUCCGAAUUUGUCAUGCAAAACAGCCAAAGCGUGUGGUGUGGAUUUGUCUAGCCGAUUCCCCGUCUUGACUAUGGGGUGGGGACGUUUUUACAUGGGAUACGCGCCCAACAACCUGCACCCGGUGCAGAACGUGAAGGACAAAGAGGUCCACGUAUUGAGAGGAAAAAUCCCCCCUCCCCAUAUCGAAAAGGUCUGCUUCCGAAAAUUUGUGAUGCAGACUUGUGACCACAAAUGCUGUCUGUCUUGCAAGAGGGCAAACUCAGAGACUCCGCCACGAUAUGCAGACGAUUUGUAAUGCUGCAAGACCUAUAGGGCAGACGUCUUCCAUGCUAGGCCCCUACACCAAGAGGCCCGCCCUUAGGCUUGCGAUCUGCGUGCAGUCCUUUACUGCAAGACAAAUGUGAUUUGUGUACUCAAAUACAGCAACACAAAUUUCAUUUUCGAUAUGGGGAGGGGGGAUUUUUCCUCUCAAUACCACGCACUGUACGAGGGCCAGGUGAUGACGGAAAUAGCCGUAUCUUGUGUGAAAAUGUUAUCAAAUGCAAAUGUGUCUGGGUCUGGAAACUUGUGAUGCUAAAAGGUGGAUGAUGGAAACAGAUCCGAAUUCAACUCAGCAUGACAACUUUCUAGAACGCUUUCUCAUAGGCAAUCCGCAUGAGAAGCUGCGCUUUUCUAUGUACUUACAAAAGAGGCCGCGACCGUUGUUGGUUUAUGCACUACAGAUUUCCUAGGUAUGGAAAGCUAGCAUUACAAGUUCCAACCUUCCAGACCCAGACAUAUUUGCAUGUGAUAAAUGUACCCAGCUCCCUAUAGUACUCGUAGUUGUCGUCCUUGUCUACCCUGGGCGUAAUUGCAUUGAUUUGACCAUCGCAAGGCGGCGAGUAGAUUCUCAUGCGGCUUCUUGUGGUGGUGCCAGCAACUCAAUGUAGUUCCUCUUGCAGCUCUACCAAUCAGGAUUGGAAAGUGGAUUUGUGAUCCCUCCGCUCUGACUAAGCGCGACGUGUGGCCGGAAUGGCAAAACCAAAAGAUUAGAUGGGAAUACUUCUCUUGUCUAGUUCCGGGACUUCUCGCAUAAUCGUGGUGACUCGGUGUGGGGACGUUUUGACACAGGAUAAGCUGCCACGGUGAAGAAGCCCGACAAUGUCAGCGAGAAUUUAUGGCUGGCGAACAAUUUCGUGAAGAUUCUGAAAGAGGUGCUAAUGACUAUUAGUUCAUCCUAAAAAGUCGUGUGGUUGAUGUUAAAGUUCCAUUUUUUCAUCCCGUGCUGUGUCAAAGAAAAAAUUAUUGUAUGUUUGGUUUUUGAUCAUGUGUUGGAAUCAUCUUUACAUGAAUCUCCUCCACGCGACAGGUGUCUAUGGUCUCCUCCUUCAUGCUGGCCGGGUGCUGCACGGAGGCCAGCUGUCCGGUGAUGCGGGCCGGCACGCACACCUACUUGUUAUGCAUUGCAAAUAUUUCUGAUUCUCAUGAUUCUGGGUAUUCGCACUCGCGGUCGCACUUACCGUUCGAAGAAUUUAAGACUUGGGAAAUUACUCAACUCCCAUCCUGCUCCGUUGACUGCGCAAUGCAUGUAGUUUCGGGAAUUACCUUGUUUCUUGAGGCAGAAGCACGCUUGCUCGUGCGCACUCUGCACCGCAGCAACCUUCCACGAUUUCGCGUCUUCCUUGGCUGUGUAAAAAUUAGAGAUACCUAGACAAGUUCAACCAGAGAUAUUUGCAAUGCAUUCCUCUGGCAAGACCACCACCAGGACGGCAGCACCACGUCGGGCGUGGAGUAUCCAGUGCAAAAGUAUUCUGCUGGUGCUGAUGGUUGCGACCAUGCAUAGCGAACCUAACCUUCGUCUCAGGCUAGAGCAGCAUGACAAAUUUUCUUGUUGAUUUUUGUCAUGCGAUUUACACAACUAGUACGAGCACGACCACGAGUCUUUUGUGAUGCAUAGGGAGUUGUCCGCACCGAAAUACAUCAAGGCGGUUUUGGACACGGCACAGAUAUCAACUUGAAAAAUGUCUGGGUCUGGAAGAAUGCAAGUUUGUCAUGCUUGUCUGGCAUGACUCUUACAUCUGUCAUGCACAUUACCAAAGAGCCCCAGUUUUCUGUCAUGCAGAGACGUAGUUUGUCACGCAGAAUAGGCAACACCUAGAAGCUACGAAACUUGUCAUGCUGAGCCAGCAAUUGUCGCCUCCUCAUGAUACGCCACACAGCAUCACAAGUUUCCAGACCCAGACACUUUUGCAUUUGAUAGCAGAACAUGAUCAACGAUUCGCGGGUGUUCCCCAGGGAGAGCGGCAGACCCUUUCCGGAGUGCUUCAAGGAACUGGUACUUCAUAUUCAAUCAUUGAAUGGAAGAUUACAGAGUUGCCGCGCGACGGAGAUAUUCAUCCUAAAACCACAGCAAGAUACACGACAUUUUCGAUUAGCCUGCUACGUAACCCGUUCCCAGUUUUGUUUAACUGCAAAAAAGAGCCACGUUCACAUUUUCUGCAUUACGCAUAAAUUUUGUUGCAGGUCGUUCCGCAGUUCCGGCGUUUCUUUCGGUGUAUGCCCUGCUGCCCGGCUGUGGCCAUCUCGAUGCGAAUGCUGGCAAAUUUGUCUUGCAUGAAUGGAAACGAGGUGCCGAGCGACCUACUGGGGGGGAUUAUCUAUUCCCGGUCUUGUAUGACACUGCAGUUUCGAAUGCGGACAGGAACUAGACAGAUGCUAAUUUCGGAUACAAAAACGACCGAGGCGCGUGGUGCGCAUUUUGCAGCGCAGCUCGGCGCAAUUGAGAUUACCACAAUUUUCACACUUCCAUACGGUGCUACUGCCACUUCUACCGCCACUAUCAAAGUGCACAACUCUGGCCCGCCCUCGUUUGUCGUGCAAAAAGCCACUCCGAGUACGGUAGCGAACUACCCUGUAGCACCGCUUCGCAUGACGUCGCACUAACACAUUCAAAGAGAACUACAGUCUGCGCCUGGAUUUGGCAUGCUAACGUGCACAAUUCUGAUUCAGUCUGUGUAUCUUUUGCUGUUUCAUGAAGACUGCAAUCCGUCGUGUCCGGAUUUGUCAUGCAAAAGCUACAUUUGUAGCAGUGCUUCUGUUGCUGCUCAUGCCCUAUAAAUGAGUAAGGAGGGGGGAAUUGUGUACUCUGAUAACCACCACUUCAAGCAGAUGGAGGAGUUGGGCAUUGAGAAGUAUCCCGUGUACAAGCAAACUUGUCAUGCGGAGAAUUUCCAUCCGCGAAAGCAUUUGUGAUGCGUCGGUCCCCAUGAGAGGGGUUUUAUACUUGCUGCGAGCAGCCGGCAGGUGAUGAAGCUUUGUGAUGGACAACCCAGGCUUCUUAAGUACCACCUAGGCGUCAAGAUACAACAAAUCGAAGGUUGUCAUUAUGCCAAUUUCAUCGCAUAGGGACUUGCUGGAGUGUUGCCAAGUUUGCGUUGUUGCUCAGGAUAAGCAGCGGGUGCGAUUUUGCGCGGCGUUUUGCACCAUGUUCUGCAAGGAGUUCAACAUUUGCGCGAGCACGGAGUACGACACGAUUGACACCAUGAUCGAGCAGUGGCUGGACGAGUUGGACAGUGAAAAUCAGUAUCAAAUGGAAAAAUGUCUGGGUCUGGAAGAAUUCAUGUUUGUCAUGCUUGUCUGUCAUGACUCUCAAAUCUGUCAUGCACGUUAAGUACCCAAGAGCGCCACUUUUCUGUCAUGCAGAAGCGCAGUUUGUCAUGCAGAAUAGGCAACAGCGAGAAGCUCAGGAACUUGUCAUGCUGAGCUAGCACUUGUGGCCUCCUCAUGAUACGCCGCCCAGCAUCACAAGUUUCCAGACCCAGACACUUGUGCAUUUGAUAAUCAGACCGGCAGUAUCAGUUGUAAAACCAUUCCCACCCGCCCAGAGUUGUCAUGCAGAUUUGCAAUGACAGGCACAAUUGUAAUGCGUAUCUCCAUGCGAGGCAUUUGCAUUUCUAGUCGUGUAGCUGUGGCAUUUGUAAUGCCGUAACCAGGAUAAAGUAAUAGCAGAUGGUGGAUUUGCGAUGCGCUUAGCGACCGUGCUAAGCUGCACCACACUAUGGACUGCAACUUGUGAUGCGUGAGUCCCAAAACUUAUACGCUUGCGUUGCAAAGCCAAAAUCCCUCUCUUGACUCUAGAGUGGGGACGUUAGCUUUUCCUCAGGAUAGACAGCGAAAACGGUAGCUCUUCCGACGCAUCUCCCUACCAGAGACCGCAGAAAUUGGCGUCGCAGAACUGAUCGGAUACUUACGGGGAGGACGGGCAAGGAACUCCGCGCGGAGACGUCGGAAAUGUCGCGGAGGAGUUAGUCGCUGCGGAUACCGUAUGAAGAUCGAGGUUCUGUUGAAAAGAUAUUUCAUAAAGUGAUACAGGGGCAUGAAUAGUAAUAUGUUUUUUACAGUAACAGCCGUAAUGUAUUUUAUCUUGUAACGUUGUUUGAGCACAUAUUAGUUUGUAGUUGAUUCGCUCAUGUUUGUAGUUGAUUCUUGCUUGUUUCAAUCGCAGGUGAAUAACGUGAAUGUCGACAGGAAAGGCGACUAGCAAAUUGUAUAAUCAUACUGCCAUAGGAAAUGGUGAUAGUAUUCAAGUUCAAUGUGCAUAGUCUGGCAGUGUUUCUCUCUUCAACCGAGAAAAGAGUAGCAAACCAAUUUUUUGACGUUCUUGUAUAACCAUGUGGAAUUCCUCAAAGAAAAGUUGUGGAUGCGCACCAGCCCGCAAGGCAAGCGUGCCACGACACCAGUCCGAACGCAUACAGUAUUUAAUGAGUUUCAAUUUGGCUAUGGAUUUGGAAAGCCGAAGAGAGCGAUAGCUUGUGUCGCCUCCGAAUGUCCACUCUUGAGGACGACGUCGCGCAACGUGGC